UCAGCGCUUGGGUCCCUUUAAAGGAGUAGUGCGGCUCCUCCCUGUGUCCGUCCGCCGUGGCAUAGCAUUCCUUGCGGACGAGCGCGCUUCCCUCCAGCUUCCCGCCGAACAGGAGUGCCGCUGGAUGGUCGCGUCGUGCCGUGUCUUUUGGGCCCUCUCGGGGCACCCUUGGGGUGCGCGGAUGGAAGCGGACUAUUUUACUUCGCCGCGGCGCCUUACCGGCCGGGCCUAGCGGGGAGCGCUCCGCGCGGGGCCAUCUGCCGGCCGCCAGAACAAAAACAAGGGGGCGGGGCCGCGCCGUCUCCAUUUUGAUGCGGGGUUGGGGCGGCGGCGGUGGCGACCGGAGACGGUGCCGCUGCCGCGGGCAUCGCCGUGACUCCCCGGGGGUGGCGAGCGGGGCCCGCUGCGGGCGGGGGCGCAGGCGGCCCUGCCUGGAUGCGGGGCCAGCGGCGGAGCCGACCCGCGUCCCUGCGGUGAGGGGAGCCGGGCUCGCCUCCCCCUCGCCGCCGCGGAGGACCCGAGCGGUGAGGGCCGCGGGGGGGGGCCCGGUGCCCCCUCACCACCGCCCCCGGUAAAGGAUCCGGAGGCAGGGGAGAAGAUGAGCAGCGAGGUGCUGUGGCUUUUCAAGCAGCUGAAUCUCCACCUGGAGCAGGAGGGGCGGUUUCAGCCCCGCGAGAAGGGGCUCAGCCUCAUCGAGCGGACCGCCGAGAAUGAGAAUACCUUGUGUCCGAGACAAAGGAAUGCCAAGGUGGAAGAUCUUUGGAGUCUGACCAACUUUUUUGGUUUUGCAACUGAAACAUUUGUUUUGGCUGUUAACAUCCUGGACAGAUUCUUGGCUCUUAUGAAGGUGAAACCGAAGCAUUUGUCCUGCAUUGGAGUCUGUUGUUUCCAACUGGCUGCCCGAGUAGUCGAAGAAGAAUGCAAUAUUCCAUCUGCUCAUGAGAUCAUCCGGAUCAGCCAAUGUAAAUGCACUGUGUCCGACCUGAAACGGAUGGAAAAGAUAAUUUCAGAAAAGUUGCACUUUGAAUUUAAAGCUACUACUGCCUUAACCUUCUUGCACUUGUACCGUACUAUUGUACUCUGUCAUACCUCAGAACGGAAAGAAGUAUUGAAUCUUGACAAAUUGGAAGCACAGCUGAAAGCUUGCAACUGUCGCCUAGUCUUCUCUAAAGCAAAACCGUCUGUCUUGGCCUUGUGCCUUCUCACACUAGAAGUUCAGACGUUGAAAUCUGUUGAGCUGUUUGAGAUCCUUCUGCGUGUUCAAAAGCAUUCUAAGAUCAGUGAUAGUGACCUGCUUUACUGGAGGGAGCUGGUCUCGAAAUGCCUAGCAGAUUAUUCUUCCCCUGAAUGUUGCAAGCCUGAUCAUAAAAAGCUGGUUUGGAUUGUUUCGAGACGUACAGCCCAGAAUCUACAAAACAGUUACUACAGUGUUCCUGAGUUGCCAACGAUACCAGAGGGUGGAUGUUUCAAUGAGAGGGAGAGUGAAGACUCCUGUGAAGAUAUGAGCAGUGGAGAAGAAAGCCUUAGCAGUUCUCCUCCAAGUGAUCUGGAAGGCACCUUCUUCUUUGAACUCAAACCUAAAACAAAGUGGCAAACUCUUAGCUGUCGGUCAUGAUUGUAUUAGGCUGAGAUUUUUAAUGCACCAUUGAGUCUUUUGGCAAUAAUAAAUGAGGUGGUAAUAUGUAAACUGUA